AUGUAUGGACGUGAUCCAAUAUUCUGUGUUGAUUUAAUUUUGGAUCCCAGAAUAAGAGAACCAAUAGCCCUAAAUGAUGAGCAAGAGAUAAAACAGAAACUAAUUGUUUCCCUAAGAUGCGCAUGGAAAUACGCGGCAGAAGCUAAUAGCGAAGCACAGCUAAGAUCAAAGGCGCAAUAUGAUAAGUUACUUAGGAAUCCAACUGUUUCAAUAGGUGAUAGGGUACUUCUUCGGAAUUAUACUGGAAAAGUCGGGUCUUCAAAGAAAUUCCAUCUUCCCUGGAAGGGUGUAUUUAGAGUGAUUGAAAUUAAUGGCGUUCAUGUAACCAUAUCAAGUUGUAACUCACCUCAGUCUAACCCAAGAAUCGUUCACAUUAACCAGUUGAAAAAAUGUAUAGAACCUUUACCUUGCGAACCCGUUUGUACAACGCCUAGGUUAGAAAAUGAGGAAUUAGAAGCAUUAGUAGAGGUUAACGCAGAGGAAAUAGUUGACAUGCCUGGAUUUUCGCAUAAAAAUGUUGUUGAACCGAAUGUAAUUGUAGAACAAAGUAGUCAAGCUGAUGAAAUAUUAGGACGUCAGGGAUUAGGUAGAUACAAUUUAAGAAGAAAUCCCAAACAAAAGAUUCUCAUAAUAGCUUCGGCAACUGCAAGGAAAUAA